AUGUUUCUCAGAGCUGUUAUCCUAUUCCUUUGCAGUAACGCAGUAGGCCACUCUUUGGCCCAUUCUCAACGAUCCAAUCAGUUUUCUCGCUGCGGUAUAACAUCUCCUACUGCCGAAGAGGUUGAUAGUAUCAAGGUGUUAGAGAACAUUGAGAAGACCACCCGAAUUGAGACUUCACAACACAUCUGUGUCGAUACUUAUGUACACGUCGUGACUGGCAACGUGUCAGAGGCGAUCACCAAGAAGCAGGUCGAUGACCAGAUGAAUGUUUUGAACGCAGCAUUUGCCCCUCAUAAUAUCUCAUUCAAACACAUCAGCACUAGUGCCAUACUCAGUGAAAGAUGGGGUCCUGGUGGAGACGAAUUGGGCAUGAAAAGGACACUGCGAAAAGGCGACUACAGCGCUCUCAAUCUCUAUCUUGUCGACAGUGCCAGACUUGGCAAAACUACAGCUCUAGGCUACUGCACCUUUCCCACCAAUACUUCAACUGGUUCUGACGCGUUUAUCCGCGACGGAUGCGUUGUUGAGGCACAGACUGUUCCUGGAGGCACCUCUGCGCCUUACAACCUAGGCGGCACGGUGAUUCAUGAAGUCGGCCAUUGGUUCAGUCUCUUCCAUACUUUUCAGAAUGGAUGCGAUGCUCCAGGUGAUAGGGUCGCAGACACACCUGCGCAAAAGGAGGCAACAAGUGGAUGUCCCCAGCGAAGGGACACGUGUCCGGAUAUGCCCGGUGAUGAUCCUAUCCAUAACUAUAUGGAUUACUCGUAUGAGUAA